AAACGAGAAAGGAAACCACCGACUGCGUAUGCGCGGCCCCUUGGCACAUCGCCCUUGCCAAUAGCGAGGGUACAGAAGAUACUGAAGGCAGACGAGGAACUGGUGAUGGUGCAAAGGGAAGCGGUAUUGGCCAUUGCGAUUGCGACGGAGCAGUUUGUGAAGAGGCUGAUGGAGGCAGUUCAUAGAGUUGCGCUGAGGGAGAGGCGGACGACGGUGCAGCAGCGGGACAUGCUCUCUGUGGUGCGCAGGGCGGACGAGUUCUUGUUCUUGGAC